AUCUCGUCGCGCGUCGGUAAGGUUAAUAAAAUACAGUUUAUGAAGCGGUUGCUGCGUAAUCAGCCGGCACUUCGGCGGUUCGCGGCAGAUAGUGAGGCCGCCAUUCGUUUAUUUGUAAACAGAAUAAAGUAAAAGUUAAUGAAAUAUGAAAUAUAACGAGUUGGGUACAACGGGGAUGAAGGUGUCCCACGUUAGUUUAGGAGGAGCAGCCUUUAGUAACAUCUACGGGACGUUUGACGAGGAACGGAGUCUGGAGUUGAUAAGAGAAAGUCUUAACCGCGGUUUAAACUACUUGGAAACGGGACCUUGGUACGGACAAGGAAGUUCCGAAAAGACUAUUGGCAAGGCUCUCAAAGAUGUGCCCCGAGAGUCCUUCUUCAUCGGCAGCAAAGUGGGGCGGUACGAGAAAACCACGGAGCACAUGUUCGACUUCUCCGCGGAGAAGACUGAGGCGGGCGUGGACAUCACUCUCAGUCGCCUCGGCCUGGAUUACGUGGACUUGAUACAGGUGCACGACGCAACAUUCGCGCCAGACAUUUCGAUAGUCCUGAAGGAAACUUUGCCUACCCUCGCUAAGGCGGUGCAAGACGGCAAGGCCCGGUACAUCGGGCUGGCCGACUACGACAUUGAACUGAUGAAGGAGAUCAUCGAGGAGUCUGAUAUCAAGAUAUCCUCCAUCCUCUCGUACGCCAAGUCGACUCUCUUCGAUAACCGUCUCCAGAACUAUACUCAGUUCUUCAAGAGCAAAGGCGUGGGCGUAAUAAAUGCAGCUGCGACAGGCAUGGGGCUGCUCUCCAAUAAGGGGCCCCAGCUGUGGCACCCGGCCAGUGACGACAUCAAGGCCCUCUGCAGGCGAGCCUCGGAGUAUUGCAAGGCGCAUAACGUCGAGUUAGCCCGUAUAGCGACUUGGUACACGUUAAAUCAACCAGGCAUUGAUUCAAAUGUGUGUGGGUUCUACAACAAGGAACAGCUGAUCGACACGCUUGACGUCAUGGACAAAGGACUCAGUGAGCACGAGAAGAAAGUUCUAGGUGAAGUUCAGAUGAGGUUUUUCGACAACUUAACUCUUCACUGGGAUGACGUUGAACUGCCGUUGUACAAAGCCAAGAUGAGUGAACUUCAGCAGAAAUUAUGAAUUCGAGUUCUAGGUUACGACAUUUUUACUUCGUUCUUACGCCCAGUGGCCUAAUUCACGUAUUUUGACAGUCAAGAUCCCACCGCACAGUCUUUUAUUUUACCUUAGAAGCGGACAUCCCUGUUUUAUUAAUUCAAUCGUUAGAUAUUACUAUUAUGUAUAAAAUUAAUGAAGGAACUUGUAGUUGUAUUUGUUUGGUUUCGAAGAAAUAU